AUGGCAAUUCAUGUGGGACGUCAGUUGCUGUGCGCAGCAUUUCUUUUGCUGCUGCAGAUGUGCAUUAGCUGCGAGGCGAGGCCAAAGGGAGCCACGCCAGAAAAUAAUAACGACGGUGCGAACAAUGGCGAGAACGAGGACGAUGAUUCCUCCUCGGAGGAGACCGUUGAGGAUUCCAACGAGGGUCGCCGACGACGACGUCGGCGCGAAGCCAGCGAUCGUGCUGGCAUACCAGGUUUGCCCGAUCCCGCAACGAUCAUCAAGAUAGCCCAACUCUUUCAAUCGGUGGGCGAGCAGAUUGUGCCCAUUAUCCUAGAGGCUCUGCUGCCCGUCAACGAUGCGACUGGAGAGCGAACAGUUCGGGACCUGCAGUUCUUGACGAACCUCAAGCGCCCUCUCGAACCAGAUUCGCUGGAGCUGCAGCCACAAGUUGAUUAAUUCUUCAACGAGAAACCAGUUUCAAACGAAAGAAAU